UGCUGACUCACACCCACAUUAUACAUCACUUAAAAUAUUAAAAAUAAUAAAAAAUAAUGGUAGACUUUAUAAUGAAGUCUAUAAAAGGAUCAUUUUGUUUUGCGAAGAAGUAUGCACUUGUUAUCUGUCUCUGGUGAUUCUGUAAUAUUCUUUUGGAAAAUCGUUUUGUUAAUUAGAUCAGAAUUUAGAUGGUGAUGACUCGGGCUCAGGCUCGGGCUAAGUAUGCUGAUUGGCAGACUCAACUUCCACCCGAUACUCGUCAAAUGAUUGUCAACAAGAUAAUGGAGACCUUAAUGAGGCAUCUUCCUAUAUCUGCGCAAGAAGGAGUACAGGAGCUUAAGAAAAUUGCAGUGAGGUUUGAGGAGAAGAUCUAUACUGCUGCAACAAGUCGCCAUGAUUAUCUGCGUAAAAUAUCUUUAAAGAUGCUGAGCAUGGAGAAAAAAUAUCAAAAUCCAAAUGCCCAUUGCCCAGGUGAACAAUGAAAGUUCAUGUUUUGUUUUUCACAUUUUCAGUUGCAA